AUGUCGUCCCCUGCACCCUCUCUGCGCAAGAGAGGUGGAAAGCGGGAUACCUCUGCGGCGCCUUCGGGCAAAGACUUCCCGGUCUCGGUGCCGGCAGCCAGCAAAGCACCUUCCGAAUGGGACUACUGGGUCGCCCUAGGCGUCGUCACCCUACUGGCUUUUGUAACGCGGUUUUACAGACUGGAUUACCCGAAUGAGGUGGUCUUUGACGAGGUCCACUUCGGCAAGUUCGCCUCGUACUACCUACAACGCACCUAUUUCUUCGAUGUCCACCCGCCCUUUGCUAAAUUGUUGUUCGCGUUUACCGGUUGGCUGGUCGGCUAUGAUGGCAGUUUCCAUUUUGACAACAUCGGUGACUCGUACAUUGAGCACAAGGUCCCCUACUUGGCUUACCGAGCGAUGCCGGCCACCCUCGGAGCAUUGACGAUCCCGACGGUGUUUCUGAUUAUGUGGGAGUCCGGCUACUCGCUUCCCGCCUGUGUGCUGUCUGCGGGCCUCAUGGUGUUCGACAAUGCCCAUGUGGCCGAGGACCGGCUGAUUCUCCUGGAUGCCCCGCUGGUGCUGUCGAUGGCCCUCAGUGUGUUGUGCUAUGUCCGUUUCUACAAGCUGCGGCACGAACCCUUCGGCCGCAAAUGGUGGAAAUGGCUUCUCCUGACCGGAUUCUGCAUGAGCUGCGUCAUCUCCACCAAAUACGUCGGCAUGUUUACUUUUGUGACAAUCGGUGCGGCGGUCCUGUGUGACCUGUGGGAUCUCCUGGACGUCAAUCGCCCGCAGGGGUCGCUCAGCAUGAUCGACUUUGGCAAGCACUUCGUGGCUCGGCUGGUUGGCCUCAUCCUCAUCCCAUUCUUCUUCUACCUUUUCUGGUUCCAGGUUCACUUUGCCAUCCUCACCAGAUCUGGUCCUGGAGAUGAUUUCAUGAGCCCCGAGUUCCAGCAGACCCUCAGCGACAAUGUGAUGACCGCGAAUUCUGUCGGUAUCGAGUAUUACGAUACUAUCUCGAUGCGCCACAAGGAAACCGGCGUCUUCCUUCACAGCCAUCUUGAACGGUAUCCUCUGCGCUACGACGACGGACGCAUCUCCAGCCAGGGCCAGCAGGUCACUGGAUAUCCGCACAAUGAUACCAACAACCACUGGCAGAUUAUUCCGACGAAGCCCCUGGCGGAUGGUGCAAACAGCGUGCACAACGGAGAUGUCGUCCAACUCUUUCAUGUCGGCACGGAGACAUAUCUCCUUUCUCACGAUGUCGCUUCCCCUUACUACCCGACGAACCAGGAGUUCACCACCGUCCCGCCAGAGGAGGCGAGCGGCGAGCGGCACAAUGACACCCUAUUCGAGAUCAAGGUCGAGAACGGCAAGGCAGGCGCGGAAUUCCGCACACUCGCCAGCCUUUUCAAACUGAUUCACCAGCCGAGUCGCGUGGCCAUGUGGACUCACUCGACACCUCUGCCGGAAUGGGGGUUCAAGCAGGCCGAGAUCAACGGCAACAAGAACGCCGCGCAGACAAGCAAUCUAUGGUUCGUGGAGAGCAUCGAGGGCAUCGAGCCCGACAGCCCCCGCCUGACCAAGAAGGAAGAGCGAAAAGUCAAGCCGCUCCCCUUUAUGCGCAAGUGGCUGGAGCUGCAGGGAGCCAUGUUCUACCACAACAAUGCCCUGACCAGUAGCCACCCCUACGCAACCGAGCCCUACCAGUGGCCGUUCCUGCUGCGUGGCGUGAGUUUCUGGACCAAGAACGAGCCCCGUGAGCAGAUCUACUUCCUGGGUAACCCGGUGGGAUGGUGGAUUGCCAGCAGUCUGCUGGCCGUGUUCGUCGGCAUCGUUGGUGCCGACCAGCUCUCGCUACGUCGUGGCGUCGAUGCGGUGGAGGAACUCUGGGGUCACGGCGCCCGAUCGCGUCUGUACAACAGCACCGGAUUCCUGUUCCUGUGUUGGGCCGCCCACUACUUCCCCUUCUGGCUCAUGGGCCGCCAGCGUUUCCUGCACCACUACCUGCCCGCCCAUCUGGCGUCGACGCUCGUGGCCGGUGCACUGAUCGAGUUUGUCUGCAAUAUCGACCCGCGCACUCCGCCUGCUGCGCCCGUCGCCGCGGAUGACCCGACGGGCAAGUCCAAGGGCCUCCGGUCGUCUCCCCGUCGAUUUGUCACGGCCAAGGAGCGCAUGGGACCCAGGUCGGUCGCCACGGGGUGGCUAGCCACCCUGGCCAUCCUCGCCGCCACCGUCUGGGGAUUCUGCUUCUAUGCGCCGCUGACCUACGGCACUCCUGGAUUGGAUGUUGCCGGCGUCCAGGCGCGCCAGUGGCUGGGCUACGACCUGCACUUUGCGAAAUAA